AGAAGGCGGGGCUCGAUCGGGAAGGGGCGUGGCUGAGGGCGGCUGACCGACCGCGCGCUCUCGCCUGGGUAGGGAAUCACUGGUUCAGCGCACGAGAGGGCCGGUCGCGCGCAGCCCGCACGCUGGUGAAAGUCUUCCGAGGCGCUGCGGGCGCUGGAGAAACACAAGCACUGUCGUGGGAGCCGCGGUCCGCGUGCGCUACAGCCCUCGCUGUCGUCAGCGGUCCCCGCGACCCUCACGGUCCCAGCGCCCUGAACGAGCCCCCCACCCUUCUCCCGCCCGCCGGGCUUUGCGUGCGAUGGCCCCACGCAAGAAUAACAAGGGUGGCGGUGGUAACAGCAGUAGCAGUGGCUCCGGCAGCGGCGGCCAGGGCUCGGGCACCAGCGGCAGCAGCAGCAGCAGUAGCAGCAGCAGCAGCAGCCCCGGGACCCGGAGAGAGCCAAAGCAUGGAGGACACAAGAAUGGGAGGAAAGGAGGCCUUUCUGGAAGCUCAUUCUUCACAUGGUUUAUGGUCAUUGCAUUGCUGGGAGUCUGGACAUCGGUAGCUGUUGUUUGGUUUGACCUUGUUGAUUAUGAGGAAGUUUUAGCCAAAGCAAAGGACUUCCGUUAUAACUUAUCAGAGGUACUUCAAGGAAAACUUGGAGUAUAUGAUGCUGAUGGUGAUGGAGAUUUUGAUGUGGAUGAUGCCAAAGUAUUACUAGGCCUAAAAGAAAGAGCUGCUUCUGAGCCCAAAGUCCCAGCAGAGGAGGCUGAGCCAAAGCCGUGGUUGGAGGAGCGCGCUCCCGAGAAGAGAGAACCUCAGAAUAUUGAAGAUGAAGUACAAGAACAAAUUGAGUCCCUUCUCCAUGAAACAGUAUACACAGAACAUCAUGGAGGCCUACAGCAAGAAGAGGAUGGACCGACAGCGGAUCUGCCAUCCGAAGACCAGUUUCCUGUAGAAAGUAAUAUAGAAGAUAGACUUGAGACCUUGGAAACCAAAUUUCAUGAAGAAGCUGGUGAUAGUUAUCAUGUGGAAAACACAGCUGCACAGGACUAUAAUCAGGAUGUGGAAGAGAUAAUUUAUGAACAGGAGAAUCCAGAUUCCAGCGAACCAGUAGUAGAUGAUGAAAGACUAUACCACCAUGCAGAUGAUGUAACAUACCAAGACUAUGAUGAGCAAGUAUAUGAGCCAGAAAAUGAAGGAAGAGAAAAUUCAGAUAAAGCUGUAGAAGAUUCAAACGCAAUUUUAGAAGAUAUACAUGUGUCCCAUACAGAAGAACAAGAAGUACCUCCAGAAACAAAUAGAAAAGCAGAUGAUGGGGAACAAAAAGUAAAAGUUAAGAAAAAGAAGCCUAAGUUGCUAAAUAAAUUUGACAAGACUAUUAAAGCUGAACUUGAUGCUGCAGAAAAACUCCGUAAAAGGGGAAAAAUUGAGGAAGCAGUGAAUGCAUUUGAAGAACUAGUACGCAAAUACCCGCAGAGUCCUCGGGCGAGAUACGGGAAGGCUCAGUGUGAAGAUGACUUGGCUGAGAAGAGGAGGAGCAACGACAUUCUGCGCAAGGCCAUUGAGACCUACCAGGAGGUGGCCGGCCUGCCGGAUGUCCCCGCCGACCUGAUGAAACUCAGUUUGAAGCGAAGGUCAGAAAGGCAGCAAUUUCUAGGUCAUAUGAGAGGCUCCCUGCUUACCCUACAGAGACUGGUUCAGCUAUUUCCCGAGGACACAUCCUUAAAGAAUGACCUGGGCGUGGGGUACCUCUUGCUGGGAGACAAUGAGAGCGCCAAGAAGGUUUAUGAAGAGGUUCUAAAUGUGACACCUAAUGAUGGCUUUGCUAAAGUGCAUUAUGGCUUUAUCCUGAAGGCACAGAACAAGAUUGCUGAGAGCAUUCCCUAUCUAAAGGAAGGAAUAGAAUCUGGAGAUCCUGGCACUGAUGAUGGGAGAUUUUAUUUCCACCUGGGGGACGCCAUGCAGAGAGUCGGGAACAAAGAGGCUUAUCAGUGGUAUGAACUUGGACACAAGAGGGGACAUUUUGCAUCUGUUUGGCAGCGCUCACUCUACAACGUUCAUGGCCUAAAAGCCCAGCCUUGGUGGACUCCAAAGGAAACAGGCUACACAGAGUUGGUGAAGUCCUUAGAAAGAAAUUGGAAGUUAAUCCGCGAUGAAGGUCUUGCUGUGAUGGAUAAAGCCCAAGGCCUCUUCCUGCCUGAAGAUGAGAACCUGAGAGAGAAGGGCGAUUGGAGCCAGUUUACUCUGUGGCAGCAAGGAAGAAGAAAUGAAAAUGCCUGCAAAGGAGCUCCUAAAACCUGUUCUUUAUUAGAUAAAUUCCCUGAGACAACAGGAUGCAGAAGAGGACAGAUCAAAUAUUCUGUCAUGCAUCCAGGAACUCACGUGUGGCCUCACACGGGGCCCACAAACUGCAGGCUCCGAAUGCAUCUGGGCUUAGUGAUUCCCAAGGAAGGCUGCAAGAUCCGCUGUGCCAACCAGACCAAGACCUGGGAAGAAGGCAAGGUGCUCAUCUUUGACGACUCCUUUGAGCAUGAAGUAUGGCAGGAGGCCACCUCCUUCCGGCUGAUAUUCAUCGUGGAUGUAUGGCACCCAGAACUGACACCACAGCAGAGACACAACCUUCCUGCAAUUUAGCAAGUUUUGCUGGCUUCGGACACACUGGAGAGAGAUAGUCUUUCAGGGUCUGUCUCCUUUCGUGUUUCAUACAAGGUUGAACACCGAGACCCUUAAUUCCCUUGGCUUGUAACUGAAAAUUCCUAAACUUCCUUCUAGGAUGAGAAAACACUAAAGGGAAUGUUUGCCUCACUGCAAUGCAUUUAGAAAAUAUCUGGCUGUCUUUUUGCCCAUGACAGCACUUAUUUGAUGCCUGUAUUUCAGGUGAAUAUGUCAUAGCUUCUACCUUGCAGCCAAAGAUGUUUUUCCCAUAUAGCGUAGGGCAUUAUAUCAGUGUAAAAUGAGAAAACAUGUAGAAAAUGUGAAUGAAUUGCUUUAGUUUGUAAUUUUUCUAUGCAAUUAUAUUUUUCUAGAGUAGGUAGGUGAUUUUUUUCAUUAUGGACCACUAUUUUGUUGUUUUUAAUGACAAGCCCUGUAAAUGCUUUCUUUCUACCUAUUUAAUGGGAACUUUCCUGGUGAACUCAGACUUUCCUCUUUUAAUUUUUUUUUUCAGCAAAAGAAUCACGUUUUACUGCAAAAGAAAGCAGUUUUACUUUCCUAGUAAAAUAAUUAGGAACUUCUUUUAUUAGUGAAAAUGACUUUUCCUAAUACAAAAGACAAAGUCAUAAUUAUGGCAAGACCUAAGAGCUCUACUGCUCCCUACUAUUUGAGUCUGUUUGCUUUUUUAUCUUCACUGACAGCCAGGUCUUAAUCUCUCUCCUUGCUAUGCAAAUGGUGGAGAUAUUAUCAAAAUCACCUUUUUUUCCAGAGGAAAUUUUUUCACGCUGAAAAAGGUAAUGGAAUUACUUUAUGUUGAGUUAUAAAAAUGCCACAUAUAAAAUUUUUUUAAGUCAAGUCUUAGAAAUUGAGGGGUGUGGGGAGUAGAAUUUCUCAAAGUAAAAUUUUUCUCUGAGCAUUGGGUAUAUAGGUCACUGGUUGGACAUAUGGUGUCUGCCUCUUGGCUAUCCAGAAUCCAGAAUGGCUUUGCCUUUAUUGUGGACCCAGGUGAGUGAUGCUGUUCAAUUCUUAAGAGGAUUCCUAUCACAGUUUUAUCAAGAUAGGUAAGGUGGCCCAGUGAAAGAUCAAGAAUGCCAGGAUGUAGAAACAAUAAUUGAAAGGUGCUCUUGCCUAUUCAUUCCAAAGGUGGCAAAGCCUUAAAUUUUAUAGAGUAUUAAUGCACUAAAUUUUAUACUUCCUAAAUCGGAUUUAGAAAUGUUAGCUGUGAGUAUGUUAUGGUAUUUAUGCACUGAAUGUUAAGCCAGUCUGAACAAAACUGCUUAAGAAAUGACACGUUACUACUAAAUUUCAUUCACAGGUGCUUGUGCUUAUUAUAUUUGUUGCUGUGGACAAAGGAGAAUGCCUUAUCUCAUUUAAAAUACAGUUCUUUGAAGUUAAAAUGGAUCCUUUUGCUUGUCCUUUAGGUCAUUAACUUACAGGUUCUAGUUUGCAGAAUAUUUAAUCCUAGUCCUAUUUGUUUCAAAAAUCCCACUAAAAUAGAUGGAGAAUUAUGUAAGGAAACAUGUCAAAAUAAAUCACCAGAGUCCAGAAGAGAAAGUAUACUCUUGAAAAAAAAAACAAAAGAUAUUUGUGUCCUUCAGUAUUUAUUGAAUGAAGAAAAUGACUGACAAAAGGACAAUACAAUCCAAUGCUCAUGUAGUAACAUUCAUGUCACUUACUGAAUUUGGUUUUUGUAUGAUAUUGCAUACACAUUAAAGAAAUUCAAAGUAUGAGUUCGUCAUUGUUAAACCAUCAUCAUACAUUCAUUUAAUGAAAUCAUAGACUAGAGUAAAAACUAGCUCUUAACUUAGUAAUUGUAAUAUGGCAUUUAAAAUUGGGUCACUACUGUAAGAUUCUAAAUAUUGCCAAUUGAAAAGCAGAAUCAUAAUUAUUGUUGCAAAGUGUUGGCACUGAUUGACUUCAAAAGCAUUUUAAAUAUUUGGAUCCCACAACUAUUUAAAAAACCAUAGUAAUAAGAUGGAUUUUCUAAUUCAUUUUAAUUCUUCAUCAUCCCUAUAUCAUGGUAUGUCAGGAAAGUGUUUCAGUCACCACAUUGGUAGAAUUAUUUCAGUGUUAUUAUUCUGUUACUUGAAAGUUUAUGCAAAAUCAAUUGGUUUUGUUUAUAUUGUGAUAUAAUUUGUGAGAAAUAAUUUUGAAUCUAUUUCAGUUUUAUUUCAGGGGUAGAAUACAAAAACUUACUUGCUAUCUACAAGUCAAAAAAAUAAAACACUAGAUAAAGAGAUGUAGUAAAUGUUAAGAUCAAUAAUAAUCUCUAUUGAGGGUGACAGUGGACAGUUGAAUCACCUCUUUCAUUUGCAUAUUUUAGCUAACAAAUUAUCUUUCCCAAAUACUUAACCUGGAAGAUCAUAUUUUACUGCCCAUUAUCAACUAAAAUAAUUUUUGACAUUGAGCACCAACUGGUUAUACUAACAAAUGCCCAUGUCAUGCAGAGGGAAAAUAAGGGAUAUCUAAAAUAAUCUAAAAAUUAAAACUGGUUUUGGGAAACAUGGCACAAGUAGGUAUAUCAUAUCCUAUGAUAUCGGUUUAUUUUUAUUUAAUUCCCUUUGAAUGGCUACUUGGGACUCCAUUCCUAAGGAGAAUAGACAACAAAAUAAAAUGAUCUUUGGCAUUU